CUCAAUUUCGGAGAUUUUCGAAACGACUUUGUGUAUAUAAAGUACUACUCAAUCAUCUCCCAUCAACAAACAAUGCCACAAUACAAGCUCUACUAUUUCAACCUUCGUGGAUGGGCUGAGCCGGCUCGGCAGCUCUUCAAGCUGGCUCACGUCGAGUUUGAGGAUGUUCGUAUUGAGAAUGGAACUCCAGAGUGGGGAGCGUUGAAGCCAAAAACCCCAUUUGGUCAGCUCCCAUUCCUCUCAGUCGAUGGCUUCGAAAUCCCCCAAUCCGCUGCAAUUCUCCGCUACCUUGCCAAAAAAUUCGGCUACGCUGGAAAAACAUCAGAGGAAGAAGCGUGGGUGGAUGCAAUCGUAGAUCAAUUCAAAGACUUCGUCACCCCACUACGCCAACUCAUCAUGGCUCAAAGAUCCGGAAAUGCGGAGGAAAUCGAGCGAAUCCAAAAGGAGGUCUUCGCGCCGGCCCGGGAUACAUUCUUCAAAAUUCUUAAUGGAAUUCUUGAGAAGAGCAAGUCAGGAUUCCUAGUCGGAGAUGGUGUAACUUGGGCUGAUCUGGUGAUAGCUGAUAUUUUGACAACUAUGGAGAUGCUGGGAGUGUUUGAUAAGCACGGAGAGGAGCAGAAGCUUGCAGCGCUCCGUGAGAAGGUUAAUGAGAUACCGGAGAUCAAGGAGCACAACUCGUCGAGACCAGAUUCUGUUGUUUGAUAUAUUAUGUGUAUGUUAAUAAAGAUUAUUAUAUCAU